CCUAAGGGCCCGGCGGAAGGACCUGAAAAACCAGCUGCCUGAGAUUAUUACUCUCAGUGAGGAGCAGCUCAGGGCAGUGAGUGAGCGAAUGUGGAGUCUCCUCCUCCUCAAUCUCCUCCUUCUUUUCACACAAGCAAUCCGAUUCCACAGAAACCACACUCACGGGGCACCUCUGCUUGUUUUUAAGCACUCUAACUUUGUCCUUUCAUUUUUCGUGUUUACUUUUUAGCCUGCGACUCAUCACUUUUUCAGCAGCCAGGACUUGUUUUUCAACUCUUGAAGAAGUUUACAUGCAACUUCGACCCCGGUGACUGCCAGUCCUCCACAGGUGGACUAUGGCCCCCUCAGUCAGCUGAGGGAGGGGGUGCUGUACACCUCAGGCUCCCAUCUGGAAAGAGCUUGAGCUGAAAUCAAAGAGGAGACAUUUUGGGUCUUGCUGAAGAUGACUUCAUCUGUCUCAACUGUGCCCAGCAUUACAGCUACUUCAAACACCAGCGUCACCAAGUCCAGAGAACAAAUACUCAUCCAAAGCUCUGGGGCUAUGAUUGCUGUCAUUGUCAUAGGCAUCAUUAUCAUUCUCGCCAUUCUUCUCAUCAUCUUGAAGACGUACAACAGGCGGACACAUGCAUCGAGAAUCCUGGGACCCAGAGGGGGGUCCAAACCUCGGCCAAAGAUGUCACAAUACACUGCUCAGAGCAGCAUGCCUCUGAACGCCUUAGGAGUCAGCUCUGUGUCCGGCAGCAUCAUCAACUCAAACCCAGCUUCAGAGAACAGCUUCCGGCUGCCCAGAGCUGUGCUCAGGGGUACAGAGGGAAAUCACUUGGAGCAGUUCAGCACAACCAGCGAGUCCACGGUGGUCACCAUACAUGAGGGACCGUCAUUAGGAAACACAUAGCACAUAGACACAGAUGGACUGCAGUAUGAUCUCGAAAAACAGGCAUUGACUGAUGUUUUGUCUUGAUCCGCCGCCACACACUGUGCUGACUGAAUCCUGUGGAACUUUGUGAUGUUAGUGUUGUAUAUGUCAGUCUCCACCUGCUGAGCAACUGCUGGUGACAAUGUGGAUUAAAAAUGUCCCUUUAAUGUGUAGAACAAAAUUAUACCAGAAACUGACAAGAUAUAUUUAAUGAAAAAUCUAUGAUUUUCUCUUGAAGGAUUGCUCUUUGGCUGAAGUCAGUGUUCAGAGUUAACAUGUCAUUACUGUAUAAACUCCUCUAAUACAGUGAAAGAAAUGUGUAUUGGAGAAUGUGAUGGUUGGAUAAUGGUGGUUCUCAAGCCUUAGUUUCAUUCUAAUAAUUUCCACUCUGUUCAUCCAUUUUCAGGGUGGUGCAGCGUACUCAACCUUUUGUUAUUUGAGAAGCACUGGUCCACCGGGUGUACAUUUCUGCAUUAAAGAGAACCAUAUUCUAUUAUUUUUACGAGCUAAUGUAGAAUUAGCAUAAAGUUUAGAGACAUUAAGAGCAAGAAAGACAAUAGUUAAUUGUGUAACAGUAAUCAAUAUGACUUAGGAAAUCUGUCGAUGUUAGUGAUUUCUUUUGAUCGGUUACAUUCUUUACCAAACCUGGUUUACUUUGGUGUCAUUGUGUCUUUGUCGCCCUCUUCCAGAUUAAUUUUGGUUAAAAAACAAACAUAAAAGAAAAACUUUUGACAUUUUUAACCUUACCGAGUGACACCGUGAAAAUACUGUAUCUUCUGCAUACACUGUGGAUCUUUAAAUUUGACACAAAUCAAUUAUUUUGCACUUUAUUUUCACUGUAUUUGCAUUGUUUGUGGUUCUAUAUUAAAUGAAUGGCAUGAAAAUAAAAUGUAUUAUUUUUAA